CUGCCCCGCCUCCAGGAGCGGCUGCUUGGAGCUGGGGGCGAGGCUGCCGGCGGGCCAGCGGGACACCGGGCACCGCUGAGCAGACUCCGCCCGCCGCCCGGGCUUCCGCCGGCCCCCUCCCCGGAGCAGGAGUCCGCGCACCGGGCAUGGACGCGCCGGGGGACGCGGAGGGCCCAUCCCCUCCAGAGGGUGACGGGGAGCAGCGCCUCGGAGGCUCAGAUGAUGACCCUGCAGCGAGUGCCAGAGGGACACCCAGCCGGCUUUCCAGAGAGCAGCUUUUUGUCCUGAUAUCUGCUGCUUCCUUGAACUUGGGCUGCAUGAUGUCCUAUUCCAUCCUUGGACCCUUUUUCCCCAAGGAGGCUGAAAAGAAAGGAGCCAGCAAUACAGUUAUCGGGAUGAUCUUUGGAUGCUAUGCUUUGUUUGAACUGCUGGCGUCUUUAUUCUUUGGAAAAUAUCUUGUACAAAUUGGAGCAAAAUUCAUGUUUGUAUCAGGAAUGUUUGUCUCAGGAGGAGUCACAAUUAUCUUUGGUUUAUUGGACCAAGUUCCAGACGGACCGAUAUUUAUUACUAUGUGUUUUCUAGUGAGAAUAACAGAUGCAAUAAGCUUUUCUGCAGCAAUAACUGCAUCUUUUUCUAUCCUCGCAAAGGCUUUCCCAAAUCAUGUGGCUACAGUAUUGGGAAGUCUUGAGAUUUUUUCUGGACUGGGAUUAGUGCUAGGGCCUCCUUUAGGUGGCUUCUUGUAUCAAUCCUUUGGCUAUGAGGUGCCUUUUAUUUUGCUUGGAUGCAUAAUUUUGCUGAUGGUACCACUCACCAUGUACAUUUUGCCUAGUUAUGAAGAGUCUAAUCCAGGUCAUCACUCAUUCUGGAAACUCAUCAGUUUACCCAAGGUCGCGCUCAUAACCCUCAUCAUCACCUCGCUCAGCGCCUGCUUCGGCUUCCUUGACCCGACUCUGUCUCUCUUUGUUUUGAAGAAGUUUAACUUACCAGCUGGACAUGUAGGACUGGUAUUCCUGGGUUUGGCACUAUCCUACACCAUUUCUUCACCAUUCUGUGGUCUACUAAGCGAUAAAAUGCCCCAUCUACGGAAAUGGUUUCUGGUUUUUGGAAACAUAAUCACAGCAGGAUGCUACAUGCUGUUAGGACCAGUUCCAUUCUUGCACAUUCAAAGUCAGCUGUGGCUGCUGGUGCUGAUGUUAGUCAUCAUUGGCAUUUCCUCUGGAAUGAGUACAAUCCCAACUUUCCCGGAGAUUAUCAGUUGCGCUCAUGAAAAUGGAUUUGAAGAAGGAUUAAGUACACUGGCACUCGUGUCAGGUCUCUUCAGUGCAGUGUGGUCUGUUGGUGCUUUUAUGGGACCAACACUGGGUGGAUUUCUGUAUGAGAAAAUUGGUUUUGAAUGGGCAGCAGCUGUACAAGGUCUGUGGGCUCUGACAAGUGGACUAUUGAUGGGCUUGUUUUAUCUAUUGGAGUACUCAAGGAGAAGAACAAGAUCAAACCUUGAAAAUAUCGUUGGUACAGAGGAGGAGCAAAGACCUCUCUUGCCUGAUGAAAACCAGCCUUGAGACCUUGGAGAUACGGGGUUGGGAGAUGGAUGUUCCUGCCUUGAACAUUAAAAUCGGAAAAUUUGAAAA